CACUGCAGGCCUAGCAUGUCCGGACUGAACCUAGCAAAGAAAGGACGUGAGCACAAGAAGAUGGAUCUACAACGGGACUUCACCGUCGCCUCGCCGGCGGAGUUCGUCACCCGCUUCGGCGGCAACCGUGUCAUUGAGAAGGUCCUUAUUGCCAACAACGGCAUCGCCGCUGUGAAGUGCAUGCGCUCCAUCCGCCGGUGGGCCUAUGAGAUGUUCCGAAACGAGCGUGCCAUUCGGUUCGUGGUCAUGGUCACCCCUGAGGACCUCAAGGCUAAUGCAGAGUACAUCAAAAUGGCAGAUCACUACGUGCCUGUUCCGGGGGGGACCAACAACAACAACUAUGCCAACGUGGAGCUGAUUGUGGACAUUUCCAAACGGAUCCCGGUCCAGGCGGUGUGGGCUGGCUGGGGACAUGCCUCGGAAAACCCCAAGCUGCCAGAGCUGCUGCAGAAAAAUGGGAUAGCUUUCCUAGGUCCCCCCAGUGAAGCCAUGUGGGCACUGGGGGAUAAAGUCGCCUCCACCAUCGUGGCUCAGACACUCCAGAUCCCCACGCUGCCAUGGAGCGGGAGUGGGCUGCUGGCCCAGGUGUCNGAGGAAGGCCAGAAGCAUCAGCAGAUGAUCAGCAUCCCCCUCGAGACGUAUGACCAGGCCUGCAUCAAGGAUGUGGAAGAAGGCCUGGAGCCUGCGAACCUUGGCCCUUUUGGCCCCCCAGCAUACCCCAGCAUCCGAAAAGUGGAAGCAGCAGAGGAAUUUGGCACCUGCUUCCGGCAGGUGCAGGCAGAGGCCCCCGGGUCCCCCAUCUUCCUGAUGCAGCUGGCGCAGCACGCGCGGCACCUGGAGGUGCAGGUGCUGGCUGACGAGUACGGCCGCGCCAUCUCCCUCUUCGGCCGGGACUGCUCCAUCCAGCGCCGGCACCAGAAGAUCAUCGAGGAAGCGCCCGUCAGCAUCGCGGCACCCUCCGUCAUCGAGGUGAUGGAGCAGUGCGCGGUCCGCCUGGCGCAGGUGGUGGGUUACGUGAGCACGGGCACUGUGGAGUACCUGUACAGCGAGGAUGGCAGCUUCCACUUCCUCGAGCUGAACCCACGCCUGCAAGUGGAGCACCCUUGCACAGAGAUGAUCGCGGAUGUGAACCUCCCUGCUGCCCAGCUGCAGAUCGCAAUGGGCAUCCCCUUGCACAGGAUAAAAGACAUCCGGGUGCUGUAUGGGGAGAGCCCCUGGGGUGAUACAUCCAUCAGCUUCCACAGCCCCACCAACGCCCCUGUGCCCAGGGGCCACGUCAUUGCUGCCCGGAUCACCAGCGAGAACCCCGAGGAGGGUUUCAAGCCCAGCUCGGGGACGGUGCAGGAGCUGAACUUCCGCAGCAGCAAGAACGUCUGGGGGUACUUCAGCGUGGCAGCAGCCGGGGGGCUGCACGAGUUUGCUGAUUCCCAGUUUGGGCACUGCUUCUCGUGGGGAGAGAACCGGGAAGAGGCCAUCUCGAACAUGGUGGUUGCCCUGAAGGAGCUGUCUAUCCGUGGGGACUUCCGGACCACAGUGGAGUAUCUGAUUAAGCUGCUGGAGACAGAGAGCUUCCAGAACAAUGCCAUAGACACGGGCUGGCUGGACCAUCUGAUUGCUGAGAAAGUGCAGGCAGAGAAGCCUGACACGAUGCUGGGUGUUGUCUGUGGUGCCCUGAACGUUGCUGAUGCUGCCUUCAGGACGUGUAUGACUGACUUCCUGCACACACUGGAGAGGGGGCAGGUCCUGCCAGCAGCCUCCUUGCUGAACAUGGUUGAUGUGGAGCUCAUCUAUGAGGGCGUGAAGUACAUCCUCCAGGUUGCCCGUCAGUCCCUGACAACAUAUGUCAUCAUCAUGAACCACACGUACAUAGAGAUCGAUGUGCACCGGCUCAACGAUGGUGGGCUGCUGCUCUCCUAUGAUGGCAACAGCUACACCACCUACAUGAAGGAGGAGAUUGACAGAUACCGGCUCACCAUCGGCAACAAAACGUGUGACUUCGAGAAGGAGAAGGACCCCACGGUGCUGCGCUCACCCUCCGCGGGGAAGCUGCUGCAGUACACGGUGGAGGAUGGGGGCCAUGUGGAUGAGGGGAGUGUGUUUGCAGAGAUUGAGGUGAUGAAGAUCAUCAUGACGCUGAUGGUGGAGGAGGCUGGGCGGGUGCACUACAUCAAGCGACCGGGCGCACUGCUGGAGGUGGGAUGUGUCAUAGCCCGGCUCGAGCUGGAUGAUCCCACCAAAGUGAAGCCUGCACAGCCAUUCACGGGGGGGCUCCCACCCCAGCAGGCCCUGCCCAUCACUGGUGAGAAGCAGCACCAUGUUCUCCGCAGCGUGCUGGAGAAUCUCACCAAUGUCAUGAACGGGUACUGCCUGCCUGAGCCCUACUUCAGUGCCAAGGUGAAGGAGUGGGUGGCCCAGCUGAUGAAGACCCUGCGGGACCCGUCCCUUCCCCUCCUGGAGCUGCAGGAGAUCAUGACGAGCAUUUCGGGCAGAAUCCCACUGUCCGUGGAGAAGUCGAUCCGGAAGGUGAUGGCGCAGUACGCCAGCAACAUCACCUCCGUGCUCUGCCGCUUCCCCAGCCAGCAGAUCGCCAGCGUGCUGGACACCCAUGCGGCCACACUGCAGAGGAAGGCUGAGCGGGAGGUCUUCUUCAUGAACACGCAGAGCUUGGUGCAGCUGGUGCAGAGGUACCGCAGCGGCAUCCCAGGCUACAUGAAGGCAGUGGUGCUGGACCUGCUAAGACGCUACCUGCAAGUGGAGACACAAUUCCAGCAUGCCCACUAUGACAAGUGUGUCAUCAGCCUGCGGGAGCAGUGCAAACCUGACAUGACUCCUGUGCUGGAGAGCAUCUUCUCUCAUGCCCAGGUGGCCAAGAAGAACCUGCUGGUGACCAUGUUAAUUGACCAGCUCUGUGGCCGUGACCCCACGCUGACAGAGGAGCUUACAGCCAUCCUCAACGAGCUGACACAGCUCAGCAAGACCGAGCACUCCAAAGUAGCCCUGAGAGCCCGGCAGGUGCUCAUUGCCUCUCACCUGCCCUCCUACGAGCUGCGGCACAACCAGGUGGAGUCCAUCUUCCUCUCCUCUGUUGACAUGCACGGACACGAGUACUGCCCUGAAAACCUGAAGAAACUGAUCCUCUCAGAAACCACCAUCUUCGAUGUGCUUCCCAUCUUCUUCUACCACACCAACCAGGCGGUGUGCAUGGCAGCACUGGAGGUCUACGUGCGACGCGGGUACCUCGCCUAUGAGCUGAACAGCCUGCAGCACCGGCACACCUGCCUGGUAGAGUUCCAGUUCAUGCUGCCCUCCUCCCACCCAAACAGGAUACCUGUCCCCAUCAGCAUAUCCAACCCUGACCUGGCCCGGCACAGCACUGAGCUCUUCAUGGACAGUGGCUUUUCGCCCCUGAGCCAGCGGCUGGGAGCUAUGGUGGCCUUUGACAGAUUUGAGGACUUCACCAGGAACUUCGAUGAAGUGAUGUCCUGUUUUGCCAACCCACCUUCAGAGAGCAUGCCCUUCAACGAGCCACGAGCCACUAUCUAUGAGGAGGAGGAGGCCAAGAACACGCACGAGGAGCCGAUCCACAUCCUCAACGUCGCGCUCCGCUGGGCUGACCAUGCAGAAGACGAGAAGCUGGUGCCCAUCUUCAGAGCCUUUGCCCAGUCCAAGAAAAAGUUCCUCAUUGACUGUGGUCUCCGGAGAAUCACGUUUCUCAUUGCCCAGCAGAGAGAAUUCCCGAAGUUUUUCACGUUCAGAGCCAGGGAUGAGUUUGCAGAGGACCGCAUCUACCGGCACCUGGAGCCAGCGCUCGCCUUCCAGCUGGAGCUGAGCCGCAUGCGCAACUUCGACCUGACGGCCAUCCCCUGCGCCAACCACAAGAUGCACCUGUACCUGGGGGCUGCCAGGGUGCAGGCGGGCAGCGAGGCCACCGACUACCGCUUCUUCAUCCGCGCCAUCGUGCGCCACUCGGACUUCAUCACCAAGGAAGCUUCCUUCGAGUACCUGCAGAAUCACAUCGUCCUCAACUUCGUCCCCACAGUCAUCAUGGACCCCUCCAAGAUCGAGGAGUCGGUGCGCUCCAUGGUGAUGCGCUAUGGCAGGCGCCCCUUGGAACUCGGCAGCCGCCUCUGGAAGCUGCGGGUGCUGCAGGCCGAGGUGAAGAUCAACAUCCGCCUGACGCCCACUGCCAAGGCCAUCCCCAUCCGCCUCUUCCUGACCAACGAGUCCGGCUACUACCUGGACAUCAGCCUCUACAAGGAAGUGAAGGACCCCACCACUGGCAGCAUCAUGUUUCAGUCGUACGGGGACAAGCAAGGGCAGCAGCACGGGAUGCCCAUCAACACUGCCUACGUCACCAAGGACCUGCUCCAGGCCAAGCGGUUCCAGGCACAGUCCAUGGGCACCACCUAUGUGUAUGACUUCCCGGAGAUGAUCAGGCAGGCUCUCUUCAAGCUGUGGGGCUCCUCAGAGCGGUACCCCAAGGACAUCCUGACCUACACUGAGCUGGUGCUGGACUCGCAGGGGCAGCUUGUGCAGAUGAACAGGGUCCCUGGAGGGAAUCAGGUUGGGAUGGUUGCUUUCAAAAUGAAGCUGAAGACCCCCGAGUAUCCGAAGGGCCGGGACAUCGUGCUCAUCUGCAACGACAUCACACACCGGAUCGGCUCCUUCGGGCCGGAGGAGGACCUGGUCUUCCUGCGGGCCUCGGAGCUGGCGCGGGCCGAGGGCAUCCCCCGCGUCUACAUCGCUGCCAACAGCGGCGCCCGCAUCGGCUUCGCCGAUGAGAUAAAGCACAUGUUCCAGGUGGCCUGGGUGGACCCUGAGAACCCCUACAAGGGGUUCAAGUACCUGUACCUGACCCCCCAGGACUACACAAGGAUCAGUGCCAUGAACUCAGUGCGCAGUGAGCAUGUGGAGGAGGGGGGCGAGUCCAGGUAUGUCCUCCUGGACAUCAUUGGGAAGGAAAAUGGAUUUGGGGUGGAAAACCUGAGAGCUGCUGGUACCAUCGCUGGGGAGUCCUCUCGUGCUUAUGAUGAAAUAGUGACUAUCAGCAUGGUGUCCUGUCGUGCCAUUGGGAUCGGUGCAUACCUGGUGAGACUGGGCCAGCGUGUUAUCCAGGUGGAGAACUCCCACAUCAUCCUCACUGGUGUCACUGCUCUCAAUAAGGUGCUGGGCCGUGAAGUUUACACAUCCAAUAACCAGCUGGGGGGGGUGCAGAUCAUGCACAACAACGGCGUUUCCCAUGUCACUGUCCCAGAUGACUUUGAGGGGGUCUACACCAUCCUGCAGUGGCUCGCAUACAUGCCCAAGGACAACCGGAGCCCAGUGCCCAUCAUUGCCAUAAGUGACCCUGUUGAAAGAGAAAUUGAUUUUAUCCCUUCCAAAGUCCCCUAUGACCCCAGGUGGAUGCUGGCAGGGAGACCCCAUCCAACAAUCAAGGGGACCUGGCAGAGCGGCUUCUUCGACCAGGGCAGCUUCAUGGAGAUCAUGAGGCCGUGGGCUCAGACCGUUGUGGUUGGCAGAGCACGGCUGGGAGGUCUCCCUGUGGGUGUCAUCGCCGUCGAGACCCGCACCGUGGAGGUGACGAUACCCGCGGACCCGGCCAACCUGGACUCGGAGGCGAAGAUAGUCCAGCAGGCCGGGCAGGUCUGGUUCCCAGACUCUGCUUUUAAAACAGCCCAGGCUAUUCGGGACUUCAACCGGGAGCAUCUCCCACUCAUGAUCUUUGCCAACUGGAGAGGCUUCUCCAGCGGCAUGAAAGACAUGUACGACCAAAUGCUGAAGUUCGGCGCCUUCAUCGUCGACAGCCUGCGGGACUUCAAGCAGCCCGUCCUGGUCUACAUCCCACCGCAGGCCGAGCUGCGGGGGGGCUCCUGGGUGGUCAUCGACUCCACCAUCAACCCCCUGUACGUGGAGCUCUAUGCGGACAAGGAGAGCAGGGCAGGCAUUUUGGAGCCUGGAGGAACAGUGGAGAUCAAGUUCAGAAGGAAAGAUUUGGUGAAGACCAUGAGAAGGAUCGAUACAGUCUAUGCCAAGCUCGCUGAGCAGCUGGGAACCCCCCAGCUGCCCGAGGUGCAGCGCAAGGAGCUGGAGCAGCAGCUCAAGGCCCGGGAGGAGCUCCUGCUGCCCAUGUACUACCAGGUGGCCGUGCACUUUGCUGACCUGCACGACACCCCGGGCCGCAUGCAGGAGAAGGGUGUCAUCACGGACAUCCUGGAGUGGAGGAGCGCCCGCUCCUUCCUCUACUGGCGGCUGCGCCGGCUGCUGCUGGAGGAGGCGGUGAAGGCCGAGGUCCUGAAGGCGAACAGCGAGCUCAGCCACAUCCACGUCCAGUCCAUGCUGCGGCGCUGGUUCAUGGAGACGGAAGGAGCCGAGAAGGGCUACCUCUGGGACAACAACCAGGUGGUAGUGGAGUGGCUGGAGAAGCACAUGCAAGAGGAUGAAAGUGCCCAGUCAGCCAUCCGGGAGAACAUCAAGUGCUUGAAGCGGGACUUUGUGCUCAAGCACAUCCGGAGCUUGGUCCAAACCAACCCCGAGGUGACCAUGGACUGCAUCACUCAGAUAGCUCAGCACCUCAGCCCUGCACAGAAGGCCCAGGUUGCCCAUCUCCUGUCAACAGUGGAUAAUGACAGCCCAUCUUGA